AUGAUUAUCGGUCCUCCGGACACGCCUUACGAGUUUGGCUUCUUCGAGUUUACCGUCAAGUUUAGCAGAGGCCGCAGCCGGUUCAACCCCAACAUAUACUCCAACGGCCGAGUUUGCCUGUCGAUUCUCGGAACAUGGCGCGGCGAACGCGGCGAAGAGUGGUCGGCAGCACAGGGCCUCGAGUCGAUCCUGCUGUCGAUCCAGAGCCUCAUGUCGAGCAAUCCAUACGAAAACGAGCCGGGAUUCGAAGAAGCCAACGACCCUUCGGACAAGAAGAACCAGAGCGACUAUGUCCAAAAGAUCCACCACGAGACCAUACGCGUCACGGUCAUCAUGCGCCUUGAAGAGUUCUUGGGACUAAACCACAGCCGCAUCGGCCGGUUGAGCCAAGCAGAGCGUUGCAAUAUGGUCGAGGACAUUGACAUGGACGGUCUCGAAGAGACCGUCGCCCCGUUUGAGCCCUUUAAGGACCUCUGCAAACGCCGUUAUCUCUGGUACUACGACACGUACCUUGCGUCGGUACGCAAGGCCAAGGCCGAGGUGCCAGAGGGACAGAUGUUUGUACGGAUGCCCUUUGAAGGGGCGAACAACACCAUGGAGGGCCGCUUCUGCUACGGCGAGCUUGAGAAGCGGCUGGUCGCCAUCAAGGAGGCGCUGGACGAGGAAACCAAUGGUUGGGCCGCCGAGGGCAAAGAGGCCGUUGAGCAGACUGCAACGGUGUCGGUCAACCUCCGCCGGCAGUUUGAGCAGGCCGUCGAGGCGUUCAAACGCGACGGGACGCCUCACAACAUUGAGCUCGAGGACAACAACCCGUUUGUCUGGAUCAUUACCUAUUUCGGCAAACCCAUGACCAACUUGGACGGCGGUCUCUUCCGCAUCCGUUUGAUGCUGAGCCCGCGGUUCCCUCAGGAGCAGCCGCGUGCCCGGUUCGAAGUGAACAUUUUCCAUCACCGUAUCUCUGGGGACGGCACGCCGUGCUAUGUGGUGUUGCCCAACAAGCGCGAGGACGUGCGGUCGCACAUUGAGGCCAUCAUCGAGGCGCUGGAAGAGGAGAACCCACCAUAUGACCCUCGCACGCUCGUGAACCCCGAAGCACACAAGUUGUUUUGGGGCUCGCCCGAAGACCGCAAACUGUACAACCGCAAGCUGCGGCGGACGGUCCAGCAAUCGUUAGAAGGGUAUGUUCCCGGAGCCCCUGUCUCGUAG